AUGGCCGUGAAGAAGGAAAUGAAGAUAGACCCCGCCAGGUCUGGCAUUAUCGUCGGCUUGAACAAAGGCCACAUCAAUACCGCAAUUCCUCUGGUCAAGAGCGUCCGCGCUAGCCGCAGGAAGGGUUUGAAAACCAAUCGUAACGCACUUGUGUCCGAGGUCAUCCGCGAGGUUUGCGGUUUUGCCCCGUACGAGCGCCACAUGAUCGAGCUCAUCAAGACCGGCUCUGCUUCUGCGCAGAAGCGUGCGUUGAAGUUCGCUAAGAAGCGCCUGGGUACGCUGCGCCGCGCUAAGGCGAAGAACGACGAGAUGAUGCGCGUGGUCGAGCUGCAGCGCAAGCGCAGGAACUAA